AUAUCGAGGAUGAGAAGUCAGGACAACUCUGCUGCCACCAUCGCCUCAGUCGACAUGCAGGCUGUCAUCGAUCACACCAAUGGCCAGUACAGUGCCAUUAUCCAGGGUGGGGCCAUCCAGCUGGCCACUAAUGCUACAGAUGACAUGAAAGGCCAGGGGACACUGACAAUGUCCAAUGCUGCCACCAUCCUGCACCAUGACCAGACCAGAGACGUACAGCAGACCCUGUUACAGAGCAGUCAAGUGGUUUCACAAGGUCAAUAA